CGCACUAACCACAGCACGAGUGGAGUGUCUUACUCUUAUUAAUUAUCCAACUUAUAAUCUUAUUACGUGUAAACACGUUUUUGACAUUUUUUCGUUCAUUUCUCUGUUUGUACUUGAAUGUAUUUUAUAAGGUGCAGACGUCUCAUUUUUAAAUUACCAUUAAGUACAAAUCAAUCCCUAUCACAGCAAGGGAGAGACUUAGUUAGAUCCCAUUAUUUAGCACGAAAGGAUAUUAAAACCAUGACUACCUCAGCAUCAGUGUUAAAACGUUACGAUAACAUCACCAAGUCCGCAGAAGACAAACGGUUAUACAGGGGGUUGGAGUUAUCAAACCGUAUGAAAGUAUUACUUGUGAGUGAUCAUACCACCGAUAAAUCAGCAGCAGCGUUGGACGUUAACGUUGGUUAUCUGAGCGAUCCAGAUUACUUACCUGGUCUUGCUCAUUUUUGUGAGCACAUGCUGUUUCUGGGCACCGAGAAGUAUCCAAACGAGAAUGACUACAGCAAAUUUUUAAGUGAGCAUGGAGGUGGAAGUAAUGCUGCCACAUAUCCGGAUCAUACCGUUUAUUACUUUGACAUUGUUCCCGAACAUUUGAAAGGUGCUUUAGAUAGAUUUUCUCAAUUUUUCAUUGCACCUCUUUUCACCGAAACCGCUACUGAACGUGAAUUAAAUGCUGUGAAUUCCGAACACGAGAAAAAUAUUCCAAGCGACUUAUGGAGGCUGGAUCAAUUGGAUAAGUCGACUUGUAAUCCCAAUCACCCAUUCCAUAAGUUUGGAACAGGAAAUAAAGAUACGCUUUGUCACAUUCCAAAGGAGAAAGGGAUAAAUGUGCGCACUGAGCUGUUGAAAUUUCACGAGUUAUGGUAUUCCUCCAACAUUAUGGCUUUGGCCAUUCUCGGCAAAGAGAGUUUGGAUGAAUUGGAAGAAAUUGUGGUAGGCCUUUUUUCUCCAGUUAAGGAUAAAAAUGCGGAAGCGCCAAAGUGGCCCGAACAUCCGUUUACACCUGAUCAGUUUAGGACUUGUGCUUACAUAGUUCCUAUAAAGGACGUACGAAAUUUGAACAUAGUGUUUCCAUCGGUUGACUUACAUCCUUACUAUAAAUCAGCCCCCGGUAAUUAUAUAAGCCAUUUGGUAGGUCAUGAGGGUCCAGGUAGCUUAUUAUCUGCACUUAAAGCAAGAGGCUGGUCCAAUAGUUUGGUGGCUGGAAGUAGAACGGCACCAAGAGGUAUUGGAUUUUUUGGUAUUUCUGUUGACCUAACGGAAGAGGGCAUGUUUCAUAUUAAUGACAUUGUGAAAUUAGUGUUCCAAUACUUGGAAAUGCUCAAAGUCAAUGGCCCCCUCCAAUGGAUACAGGAAGAGCAAAAGCGUAUAUCGUCAAUGAUUUUUAGGUUUAAAGACAAAGAGUCUCCACGAUCGUACAUUGCUGGCCAUGUACAUUACUUACAUGAAUAUCCUUUAGAAGAAGUUUUAUCCUCUCACUAUUUGCUAUCGGAAUGGAAUCCGGAUAUGGUAAACAAAAUCUUAAGUGAUUUUACUCCAGAGAAUGUAAGAGUAGGCGUAAUUGCGAAACAAUUUGCAAACGAGGUUAAUUUAAAGGAGCCGUGGUAUGGUACUGAGUACAAACUGCAAAACAUACCAACAGAAGUGUUAGAAGACUGGAAGAAUUGUGGAGAAUGUCCGGAAUUACGUAUUCCGGAUAAAAAUGAUUUUGUUGCUACUAACUUUGAUUUAUAUCCGUUUGAUAAAGAGUUAAACGAUCAUCCCGUAAUAAUUCAAGACACUGCUUUAACAAGAAUUUGGUUUAAACAAGAUGAUAAGUACUUACUACCAAAGGCUAACAUUAUGUUUGAUUUUGUAAGCCCUUUGGCCUACUUAGAUCCAUUAAAUUGUAAUCUAACUCAUAUGUUUGUGCAACUAUUUCGAGACGCCCUCAGUGAAUACGUAUAUGCAGCUGAGCUUGCCGGCUUGAAAUGGGAAUUGUCGAAUACGAAGUACGGCCUUAUUCUAGUUCUAGGUGGUUACAACGAAAAACAGCACAUACUACUAGGUAAAAUCAUAGAAAAAUUAACGAAUUUUAAGGUUGAUCCUAAGCGGUUUGAAAUAUUUAAGGAAAAUUAUAUAAGAACACUUAAAAAUUUUGCUGCAGAGCAACCCUACCAACAUGCAGUGUAUUAUUUAACAGUAUUGUUGACCGAGCAUUCAUGGACAAAACGAGAGUUGCUCGCGGCAACAGAAGAGCUUACAAUAGAGAAAUUGGAAGAGUUUAUACCACAGAUGCUUUCAAAAAUGCACAUCGAAUGUUUGGUGCAUGGCAAUGCGAAUAGAAAGAAAGCAUUGGAAAUGGUUAACAUUGUUGAGAAUCGUUUUGCAGAACUUAUUAAUACAACGCCGCUUCUACCGCGACAAUUGCUGUUAAAUCGUGAGCUUCAGCUGGAGGAUAGCUGUGAUUAUUUAUAUAGCGUCGACAAUGACAUACAUAAGUCCUCGUGUGUGGAAGUUUACUACCAAUGUGGCUUACAAAAUACAGAAAGUAAUAUUCUUCUGGAAUUAUUCGGUCAAAUCAUUCAAGAACCCUGUUUUGAUGUGUUACGCACAAAAGAACAAUUAGGUUACAUAGUAUUCAGCGGUAUUAGAAAAGCUAAUGGUGUCCAAGGUUUACGUGUUAUUGUGCAGUCUGAUAAGCAUCCAUCAAUUGUUGAUGGUCGAAUAGAAGAAUUUCUACAUGGCAUGCUUGAACAUUUACAAAACAUGAAAAAUGAAGAGUUUAUGCGACACAAGGACGCAUUAGCUGCCCAUCGUUUAGAAAAACCCAAACAACUGACUGCUCAAACUGCCCUCUAUUGGUCAGAGAUUACUGCACAACAGUAUCAUUUUGCGAGAGCCGAAGUUGAAGUGGCUUACUUGCGAACAGUAACAAAAGAAGAUCUCAUUAACUUUUAUGAGACGCUGUUAAAAAAUGGUGCUCAAGAACGGAAGAAGCUCGCUGUUCAUGUGCUAUCUAAAGCAGAAGGAGGUGCUGGCACAUUAAAAGAAAUAGAUGUAAAGGAGCCAACCCAAACUGUUAUACAAGAUGUUACAAUAUUUAAAAGUAGUCAUGGAAUGUAUCCCUUAGUACAACCGUAUAUUAAUAUAACUCGUAAGGGUAAAAAGUGCAAACUUUGAUUUUAAAAGUCUUUAGUAUUUCGUAUUUUACUAUUUAAGAAAAAUGUUUAUAUUCUCAGUGUUACACAGUAAAAAGGUACUAAUUUCAACUGCAAGCAAUUAGAAAUAGCUCGGCAUUUUUGUGUCAAUCAGGCAAAACUUUAUAAACUUGUAAUUUUGGUUGUAUUAAAUUUUAAAUGUAA